AUGCUGUUCAGUACUAAAUCCUUCGCCAUCUCUGCACUCACACUCACUUCUCUUGCUGCUGCCACAGCUAUUGAAAGCCGCAGUGGUGGCAUACCUAACGAACAAUGCCCAGGCCUCCUAUGCUGCCAACAGACGGGGUAUUCGACCGACUCCUCUAUUAUUCUCGGAGCUGGUAUUCUUGACCCACUCGGGCUCCUCGGGAUCGUCCCCAUAGUGUUGUCCACGCCCGUCAACGUCCUCCUGGGUCUUAACUGUAGCCCCAUCACCGGUAUCGGUGGUGACAAUGGUCCAUGCUCUCAAGGAACCAUUGUUCUUUGCAAUGACAACAGCCACGCUCCUUGGCUCAGCAUCGGAUGCUUUCCUAUUACUAUCUAA